AUGGGGCAGCUGGCUGCAGUGCUCUACUCUCGGCUCCCAACAGAAAAUCACAGGAUCCCCACACCCCUCAUUUUACACAGUGAGGAGUUUGAGAGGGGUUUGUGAGCUUGCUCAGGUCCAGGACCAGGCAGGCACACACAGAGAGGAAGAGUUGUGGGGGGGGGGGGGGGGGGGGGGAACCUUACUGUAGUAAUCAGGCCCCAUGCUGUCAUUAGACAGUUCUCAGAGGGGACUUUGGGGGAAAAACAAAACAACAAGCAGAAUGAAAGAGAGUGAAAUAACAUGAGAAUGGGCACAGACAUGAGCUCUGGUCCGACACCCAGGGGGAAAGUCCCACAUGGCUGUCAGCAUCCAUUUUACUCCCCUCAUUUCUAACAGUAUGGUAGAGGACUCAUGCCCCAGAAGUUUAGACCUCAUGUAACACUAAUCACACAAAGCAUAUGAUGAAAAAAAAGACCAAGGAAAGAUUUUCAUGAAUAAACAAAUACUUCAUUACAUAAUUUCAGAUAAUGAAACGACCCUCUACCUUCCAGUGUUUCUGAUGAAAUGUUUAAUAACUAUUCUGUACAUUUGGAUGUUCAUGCCAAGGUUGUUAUACAGUGGGGGAAAAAAGUAUUUAGUCAGCCACCAAUUGUGCAAGUUCUCCCACUUAAAAAGAUGAGAGAGGCCUGUAAUUUUCAUCAUAGGUACACGUCAACUAUGACAGACAAAAUGAGAAAGGAUUUUUAAUGAAUUUAUUUGCAAAUUAUGGUGGAGAAUAAGUAUUUGGUCACCUACAAACAAGCAAGAUUUCUGGCUCUCACAGACCUGUAAUUUCUUCUUUAAGAGGCUCCUCUGUCCUCCACUCGUUACCUGUAUUAAUGGCACCUGUUUGAACUUGUUAUCAGUAUGAAAGACACCUGUCCACAACCUCAAACAGUCACACUCCAAACUCCACUAUGGCCAAGACCAAAGAGCUGUCAAAGGACACCAGAAACAAAAUUGCAGACCUGCACCAGGCUGGGAAGACUGAAUCUGCAAUAGGUAAGCAGCUUGGUUUGAAGAAAUCAACUGUGGGAGCAAUUAUUAGGAAAUGGAAGACAUACAAGCCCACUGAUAAUCUCCCUCGAUCUGGGGCUCCACGCAAGAUCUCACCCCGUGGGGUCAAAAUGAUCACAAGAACGGUGAGCAAAAAUCCCAGAACCACACGGGGGGACCUAGUGAAUGACCUGCAGAGAGCUGGGACCAAAGUAACAAAGCCUACCAUCAGUAACACACUACGCCACCAGGGACUCAAAUCCUGCAGUGCCAGACGUGUCCCCCUGCUUAAGCCAGUACAUGUCCAGGCCCGUCUGAAGUGCAUUUGGAUGAUCCAGAAGAGGAUUGGGAGAAUGUCAUAUGGUCAGAUGAAACCAAAAUAGAACUUUUUGGUAAAAACUCAACUCGUAGUGUUUAGAGGACAAAGAAUGCUGAGUUGCAUCCAAAGAACACCAUACCUACUGUGAAGCAUGGGGGUGGAAACAUCAUGCUUUGGGGCUGUUUUUCUGCAAAGGGACCAGGACGAUUGAUCCGUGUAAAGGAAAGAAUGAAUGGGGCCAUGUAUCGUGAGAUUUUGAGUGAAAACCUCCUUCCAUCAGCAAGGGCAUUGAAGAUGAAACGUGGCUGGGUCUUUCAGCAUGACAAUGAUCACAAACACACCGCCCGGGCAACGAAGGAGUGGCUUCGUAAGAAGCAUUUCAAGGUCCUGGAGUGGCCUAGCCAGUCUCCAGAUCUCAACCCCAUAGAAAAUCUUUGGAGGGAGUUGAAAGUCCGUGUUGCCCAGCGACAGCCCCAAAACAUCACUGCUCUAGAGGAGAUCUGCAUGGAGGAAUGGGCCAAAAUACCAGCAACAGUGUGUGAAAACCUUGUGAAGACUUACAGAAAACGUUUGACCUGUGUCAUUGCCAACAAAGGGUAUAUAACAAAGUAUUGAGAAACUUUUGUUAUUGACCAAAUACUUAUUUUCCACCAUAAUUUGCAAAUAAAUUCAUUAAAAAUCCUACAAUGUGAUUUUCUGGAAAAAAAAAUCUCAUUUUGUCUGUCAUAGUUGACGUGUACCUAUGAUGAAAAUUACAGGCCUCUCUCAUCUUUUUAAGUGGGAGAACUUGCACAAUUGGUGGCUGACUAAAUACUUUUUUUCCCCACUGUAGUUUCAUAUUGUGUACAAAGAAUGUGGAUUUUAUUAACAAAAAUGUCCCUUUUCAUUCUUCUGCAGGAAUUGCUGGCACUCCAGUGAUCUUCAAUGUGAACGGAGAUGCCCCUGGUCGCUAUGAGAUCUAUCAGUACCAGAUAAAUCACAACACCACAGAGUACAAGAUCAUCGGCCACUGGGCAGACCAGCUCCAUUUAGAUGUAUGGAUAUUUCUCUCACUAUGACUUCCACUUGUUUAUUGCAUGGCACCCGUCAAGGUUUUCAGUAAUGUAAAUCCAAAUAAAUAACAUAUGCAGUUAGAAAUAGUGUCUGUGAAGGUUUGAGUUUAAGUUUAUUUUUUUGAGUUUAAGUUUAUUUUUACAGGGACAGUGCACAUUAAUCAACGUUUCAGUAAAAGUGCCGGUUUUAGCCAGCCGGCUAAUUUUCAACCGCAGUCCCUGGGCAGGUUAUUAAAAACAAUUACAAUAUAGACAAUAACAACAUAGAACAAGACAUAAUUUAUACAGUACAGAAAGGUUUAUACAGUACAGCAUAUUAUUUGGUGAAAAAAGAUGCACUGGCUAAAAACACGUCAUAUUAAACCAUGAUAUGAAUGUAUUAUUCAUUACUGUAUCCAUAGCAGUCUAUGCACCUUGCCUUGAGUUGGGUUGCUUUACCAUCUAAGUCAUGCAGGACCUGGGACUUAUCUAUUUCACAAUAGGGCAGUAGAUAUCAGGAGCCUACUGUGGGGUCACUGUUGCACACCCAUUCCAGUUUUACAAUUUUCAUAGAUUCCCCCCUAGCUGUUGCGAAAUGCAGGCCCAAGGAUAGCGAUAGUAAUAUUCACAAAACGCUAACAACCGUGUUGCCAUUCAGAGACUGUUUACUUAGCUGAUUCAGAUUCUAAACCAGGCCAUUUCAGGUAACCUUCAGGCAUCCAAAACAUAUGGUAAUAAACAAACUAAUGGCAAAAGGACAAGAGUGGUAUGCGGUAUUAAAUUAUGUAAGCGUUACCAUAUUACCACAUUUGCUCAUUCUACCUAAUUAGGUGGAAAGUGCCUUUUAAGCAAGGCUUAUGUGGCUGAGAAGAGGACAGAUACCGUAUGCAGUUUCCUGCUGAGUUACAUUAUAUACAAAAGUAUAUGGACACCUCUUUAAAUUAGUGGAUUCAGCUAUUUCAGCAACACCCGUUGCUGACAGGUGUAUAAAAUCGAGCAAACUGCCAUGCAAUCUCCAUAGACAAACAUUGGCAGUAGAAUGGCCUUACUGAAGAGCUCAGUGACUUUCAACGUGGCACCGUCAUAGGAUGCCACCUUUCCAACAAGUCAGUUCGUCAAAUUUCUGCCCUGCUAGAGCUGCCCCGGUCAACUGUAAGUGCUGUUACUGUGAAGUGGAAACAUCUAGCAGCAACAACGGCUCAGCCGCGAAGUGGUAGGCCACACAAGCUCACAGAACGGGACCGUUAAGUGCUGAAGCGUGCAGCGCAUAAAAAUCGUCUUUCGUCGGUUGCAACACUCACUACCGAGUUCCAAACUCCUUCUGGAAGCAACGUCAGCACAAGAACGGUUUGUCGGGAGCUUCAUGAAAUGGGUUUCCAUGGCCGAGCAGCCACACACAAGCCUAAGAUCACCAUGCACAAACGUGUUCUCUGGAGUGAUGAAUCACACUUCACCAUCUGGCAGUCCGACAGAUGAAUCUGGGUUUGGCGGAUGCCAGGAGAACGCUACCUGCCCGAAUGCAUAGUGGUGGAGGAGGAAUAAUGGUCUGGGGCUGUUUUUCAUGGUUCGGGCUAGGCCCCUUAGUUCCAGUGAAGUGAAAUCUUAACGCUACAGUAUACUAGACGAUUCUGUGCAGAAAUGGUUAGUCGAGAUCGGUCUGGAAGAACUUGACUGGCCUGCACAGAGCCCUGACCUCAACCCUAUCGAACACCUUUGGGAUGAAUUGGAACACCGACUGCGAGCCAGGCCUAAUCGCCCAACAUCAGUGCCCGACCUCACUCAUUCUCUUGUGACUGAAUGGAAGCAAGUCCCCAAAGCAAUGUUCCAACAUCUAGUGGAAAGCCUUCCCAGAAGAGUGGAGGCUGUUAUAGCAGCAAUGGGGGAACCAACUCCAUAUUAAUGUUGGAAUGAGAUGUUUGACGAGCAGGUGUCCACAUACAUUUGGUCAUCUAGUGUAUAAUCUAUGAAGAAGGCUGUAUUCUAUGCUUUCAGAUAAGAACAGCUUUCAAAGCAAUGACUUUGUGAUUUAUUUUAUUUUAUUUUUUUAAUGGUCCUUAAAAACAGAUAUCUUUCAUCCCACCCUCCUCGUGUUUUUGGUUUUGAGAGUUUUUGGAUUUAUUCUAAUCCACUAAAAGUUAAUUGAAUUGUGCCCUCAUGCAUAUGUAAUAUUUAUUUUUAAUAUUCAAAAACAUAAACAAGAUAGUUGCGGCCACACAAUGUGAUCAGUGUUAACUUUAACAGGCAGUGGGUACGUCUACAUUUUGGCCAAUUGUAUUCCUGAAUGCCGGUCAUUGACCUAAUGCAAAGCCAACACUUCUUGUCCCUUCAAAAGAGUUUACCCUUCUAAAUUCAUUCAAUUCAUUUACUAUCUAUUAAGUCAUCUAUUAAUAGCUAUUAAUUAAUAUAUUAAUAACAAGAAAGUGAUAUUUCUCCAUUUCUAUUUUAGAUUUAAGAUUAUAAAAUAGUCACAAAAAGUAUAGUUUUAUUGACCUAUUGAUGAACUGCUGUUAAUGUAAAUGGCUAGCUAAUUUAUAUAUCCUAGAUCCCUAGUUAACCAUUGGUAAUCUGAACAUAGUAAACUACAUCAUUUCUGAAGAGGUGUCAUUUCAGAAUGAGGGCUGCUGUAGCUCUGCUGGUGUUGUUGUUCUGUCUGUCGAGGGCAUGAGCACAGGAAAGGAGGAGAGUGGAGGGGUCAGAGAAUGACAUCAUUCAACAGAGUGACAAUGAAGAGGUAGAGAGCAGGGUGAGAGAUUCAGAUUAAGAGCCAAAGGCCUGAGGAUACAGAGACGACCCACAACUGACUGGCCAGGCCACCACACACACCCCUGCAGUACACUCCUCUCCCCGCCCCCUUCCCCUCCCUGCAUUCCUGCCAUGUACUCAAUCACACACCUAAAAUUUAGGGAAGAUCUAGGUGUCUCAGAGUAGCAUUGCUGAUCUAAUAUUACUGUUCAGGUCCCCCUUUUCCAUGUAAUUAGCAGAUUCAGAACUGUUCAGCACUGAGGAGGGGUCCCCUGAUUGAGUUAUCAUUAUGGGAAAAGGCCCAUUUAAUAAAUGAUUCUGUAUUCUUUAUGGUUAUAUUGCAUUUUGCCCACCCACCCACAAGCCGUCAAAUCCUUGCUUCUUCCUUCCUUGUUUCCUUCAUUCCUAUCAAAACAUUUUACUAGCUGUCAAAUCCUUUUUUCUUCUGUGAAGAAAAAGUGCUUUGAGAGGGAGGUAAGGAAUGAAGGAAACAAGGACAGAAGAAAAAAGGAUUUGACAGCUAGUAAAAUGUUUUGAUAGGGAGGGAGGGAGUAGCCACAAUACCUAGCAAGGUUAUUAUAGUUUUGUGUUUUGAUAUUAGUUUUUUUUAUUAUUAGUUUUUUGCUAUUAUUACUUUUAGUUUCAGUUAGUUUUUAGACCUGAUUUGCUCAUUUUCAUUUUGUUUUAUUUAUAAAAAAGAAUCUGUCUAUUUCGUUUUUUAUAUUAUUUUGUUUAGAUUGUAGUUUUAGUGUUAGGGACAGAAAACAUGUGUGGGAGGCUAGGACCCAUUUGUGUUGUAUUGAUUUUGUGUGGUUUUUUGGGAUGUUACUUCUUGCCACUGGGGGACAGUAAUACUGGGUCAGGUCAUAGUUUAGGUUUAAAUUAUAAAGUUAAUCUCAAUGUCACUUGGGUUUAAAAGGAAUAGGGUUAAUUUAAAGCUAGAAUCCUUAGUUUCUGUAUCCAUUUUUUUUUUACUUAUACAUUAAUUAUAUAUACCCAUUGACUCUUAAAGAGUAUAAUUUAUAAAUGCCUCAUGAGCUCAUACCCCAUCAUAACCCAAAAUAAAAGCCUUUUUCCCUCCAAUGUUUGAAAACAAUGUAAAUGUAAACAAACACUCAAAACAUGGUUAAAACUAUCAUUUUAAUAUAAUGGAUGGUCAGUCCUUGCAGCCACACCUCUGUCUAUGAAUUUGAGAGUGAUAACAUUUCUACAGGCCCAUCCCUCAGCUUUUUACAAAAAUAAUCAAGUUAGCUACAGAUCUUAAUUUGAGUUAGCAGGAAAAUAAUCCUGCACCAACAGGAAAUUUGAAUUAUUAUGUGGAUUAUAAUUAAUGGACAUGUUUGUAGGGGGUGAUACAAAAUCAAGUCAGAAAUUUCAAAAGGGGAAAUUACAAACUUCAGAAGCCUUUUUAAACCUCAAAUACACUACAAGUUUUUAAUUUCCUGCAUUGCAGGAAAGUUAUCCUGCAACAGAAUGUUAAAAUGAAGAUCUACAUCUGCACCCAGACGAGUGUACUGCAGGUGUGUGUGUGGUGGCCUUGCCAGCCUUGGGCUCUUAAUCUGAAUCUCUCACCCUGCUCUCUACCUCGUCAUUGUCACUCUGUUGAAUGAUGUCAUUCUCUGACCCCUCCACUCUCCUCCUUUCCUGUGCUCAUGCCCUCGACAGACAGAACAACAACACCAGCAGAGCUACAGCAGCCCUCAUUCUGAAAUGACACCUCUUCAGCUCUUCAUUAAUGGGUCAAUAAACACUAUAAUUUUGUUUUAUAAUCUUAAAUCUAAAAUAGAAAUGGAGAAAUAUCACUUUAUCGUGCCAUUAAUGGAUGAAUGAAUAGCUAUUCAUAGAUUACUUAAUAUACUGAACAAAAAUAUAAACGCAACUUGCAACAAUUUCAAGAUUUUACUGAGUUACAGUUCAUAUAAGGAAAUCAGUCAAAUGAAAUACAUUCCUUAGGCCCUAAUCUAUGGAUUUCACAUGACUGGGCAGGGGUGCAGCCAUGGGUGGGCCUGGCUCCCACCCACUUGGGAGCCAGGCCCACCCACUGGGGAGCCAGGCCCACCCACUGGGGAGCUAGGCCCAGCCAAUCAGAAUGAGUUUAUCCCACAAAAGGGAUUUAUUAGAGACAGAAAUACUCCUCAGUUUCAUCAGCUGUCCGGGUGGCUGGUCUCAGACGAUCCCGUAGGUGAAGAAACCAGAUGUAGAGGUCCUGGGCUGGCAUGGUUACACGUGGUCUGUGGUUUUUAGUCCGGUUGGACGUACUGCCAAAUUCUCUAAAACAACAUUGGAGCGGCUUAUGGUAGAGAAAUGAACAUUCCAUUUUCUGGAGAAAUAUUGUAAUGGGAAUUUUCUAUCUGUGCAAAUACAAACAUCCUUUCAAAUCCAUAUCAUUAUUCCCUCUCUGCCUCUUAUCUUCAAGAUGUUUCACAAUAUUAUUCAGUACAUGUCAUUCUACUGGUAAUCUAAGCAUAUAAACUGUAAAUGCAUUAAUUUACAUGCAUUUAACACAUUUUUUAUCAUAUUUUAUUAAUAUUUGAUAUCAGUCCUCAUUUAAGUAGGCCUACCUUCCAUUUUUAGUAAAUGAAGCAGACGAUGUAAAUUCAUGUAUCAUUUUUUAGAUUAUUUAAAAAGUCUAAGCAAUAUCCAAUACAACAUUUGUUUACUCUAAUCGGGCAACUCAACCGGCUGGUUUAAGUCACGCAAACAAUUUAUUUAUUUUUUGGGUGUGCCAGUUAAAGGCUUAAUUACUGUUUUAUUUGCAUAAUAUAAACUUUUCGAUAAGUGCGAAUGUUAAUCUAAGUUUUAAUCAAAUUUCAUUAGGCCUAUUCAAGGAAAAUAUCCAUUCAGAAAGUACACUAUGUAACAGUCACAGACAGUCAGAUAACUCCCCCUCUCCUUCACCUUUUCUCCACCAGACUAAGGAGAUGCGGUGGCCUGGAGGGACAUGGCAGGUACCCCAGUCUAUCUGCAGCCAGCCCUGUCAUCCUGGGGAGAGGAAGAAAACAGUGAAGGGUGUCCCCUGCUGUUGGCACUGUGAGCGCUGUGAUGGCUACCAGUACCAGGCCGACACCUACAACUGUAAGAUGUGCCGCUUUGACCUGCGGCCCAACAAGAACCACACGGCCUGCGAGGCCAUCCCGAUCGUCAAGCUGGAGUGGAGCUCCCCCUGGGCCGUCAUCCCCGUCCUCAUCGCUGUGCUGGGCAUCAUGGCCACCAUGUUUGUGGUGGCCACCUUCAUCCGCUACAACGACACGCCUAUUGUGAAGGCGUCAGGGCGCGAACUCAGCUAUGUGCUGCUGACAGGCAUCUUCCUGUGCUACGCCACCACCUUCCUCAUGAUCUCAGCACCUGACGUUGGAAUCUGUUCCCUCCGACGGAUCUUCCUAGGUCUGGGGAUGAGUAUUAGCUAUGCAGCGCUGCUCACCAAGACCAACCGUAUCUAUCGCAUCUUUGAGCAGGGCAAGAUGUCAGUGAGCGCCCCCAGGUUCAUCUCCCCGGCCUCCCAGCUGGUCAUCACCUUCAGCCUGAUCUCAGUGCAGCUCCUGGGGGUGUGCAUCUGGUUCGGUGUGGACCCAUCUCAGGCUAUCAUCGACUAUGAGGACCAGCGCACGUCCAACCCGGACAUGGCCCGUGGCGUGCUCAAAUGUGACAUCUCAGACCUUUCUCUGAUCUGCCUGCUUGGCUUCAGCAUGCUGCUCAUGGUCACCUGUACGGUGUAUGCCAUCAAGACCCGGGGGGUGCCAGAGACCUUCAAUGAGGCCAAGCCCAUCGGCUUCACCAUGUACACCACCUGUAUCGUCUGGCUGGCCUUCAUACCCAUCUUCUUUGGGACUUCACAGUCAACAGAAAAGGUAAAUGUUUAUUUUAACAAUUUAACUCUUGGUAAUGAUGCUUUUAAAUGCAAUACCUAUUAAUUCAUAAUAAUCACAUUUUAAAUGUUUUGUUGUUGAACUUUAGUCAUAUUAUGAUAGGAACAUUUUAUUUUCAUUAUGCAUCUGUUUAAAACAAUAAAUUAUGAAAGAAUUUAGUUAUUAGCCAUUACUCAUACUAUCCUGUUUUGAGGAAUUUUCCAAUGUUGGCCGAUUGAACUAGCUUGUAAAACUAGCUUGUAAGUGGUGAGCACCACCAGGACAAGCAAAUUAAAUUCACUGGUGUAUGCCGAGGAUUUCUCAAGUCUGUCCUAGAGCAGAUGCCAUUGAAGCUAAUCACAGAAAGGAAAAAACAGCAUGUGAUCCUCCUAGAACAGAGCAAAGCUGGUGCACAACCCCCUUGUCUUGAAAAAUAAAACACAUUCGUAGGUUUUGAUAUUAUGCUUAAUGUGUACAAUUUUAUUUAGGCCUCCGUUGGGUAACAUAACUGUACUGUCUAUAUUGAGGACUAUCGCUGUAGGAAACAAAGCAGCCAUUGAACGUCCCAUACAGUAAUAGUCCAAUUACUGAGGUAAGCUGUUUAGGAAGGUCAAUGGGCAAUACAAAGCAAAACGUGGCCAUCUUUACGAUGGUGAGAGCUGCAUGGUAAUUGCUGUUAUUUUCGAAGAAAAGCAUACAAUCAUGUUAACAUAAUUAUACACCCCGGGGGGACAGUUUUGUCCGAGCACAAGACAUGUGAUACAUCGGAGUGAGACCUGCAGUCUUGUACACCCACAGAGGUUAGCAAUGGCAGCAUGUCUGUCUUCUAUUGGCAGGUUGACAUUUAUUGUCAUGAAUAUUGCCCUGGAGGCAGAACUGAGGGAUUUCUGCUAGAUGGGCCAAGCCGCAAAGUCAUAAUUUAAUUUAAGGUUAGGGUUAGGCAUUAGGUUAAGCAGUGUGGUUAAGGUUAGGGUUAAGGUUAGGGUUAGGUUUAAAAUAUGAUUUUAUGACUUUGUGGCUGUGCUAGCUAGGGACCACUCUGCAGAGCUGCCUCCAGAAUAAGAUUCAUGACGAAAAAUUCUAGCCUGCCUUCUAUUGGUUGUGAUUAUUGUUUACAGUGUACAUUGGGGAUACAUUACUUCACCUUAAUUUAUCAGCCCACACAAUUUAGAUUUGUAGGCAAUCGUUUGAGGAUAUAGAGUGCCAAACUCCCAGGGAACUCCAAUUGAAAAUGCAAAUGUAUUUUGGAUCUCCUGCUGUGGAUGUUUUGGUUAUAGAGAUACGUUCUGAAUCAUGUGAACAACUAGCUCUAAUUGAGUCACCUUGCAACCACCUGGAAGGGGUCUUGUUACAUAACAAGGCUCUUGUUAAAUUUUUUCCCUUGAGGUCCCCACAACGGCCCUUUUUUUUCCUCGAGGCCACCACACCAACCCAUUAUCAUUUUGCGCAUAAAAAACCCAAGUUAGACAGGCCCACUGGGCAAAAAAUGGACCAGCCCAUCUGGCAUUUGCACGAAAUGCCAAAUGACCAGUUCGCCCCUGCUCCUGGUUGACUGGCAGCAGGAGUAGAGUCAGCCCAGGAGGUGGUAGGUGGCAGCAGUAGACUGGCAGGUAGCGAUAGGGCUCUGUUAAUUGUGCCAUUGUCUCCUGGUUGAAAGGAGGGUGGCAUAGCACCAAGCUCUCUUCUGUGUUUGAUAAGGAGGACAAUGCAGCUGAUUGGCAGGGUUGUCAGAACAGGGCUAAUCAUGCAUGACGAUAUGCCAUGCUCUGCCAAUCUGGGAUGUUUAACUUCUAUGUAGAGACAAUGGAGAGCAUGGCUUUACAUUGCUAUGGCCAUACACAUGACAUAAAGCUUAAAGAGCAACUAUAAGAGUUGCAUAAUGUAUUCUUAAAAAAAAAAGCUUUUUAAAGGCUAUCCAAUGGUUUCUUCAAAGUUUGAUAAAAAGGGAGGCACUGCAGCAAAGAGGGAAAGAGGUGUAAUGCAGUAUGUUCUGUAUUGUACUGUGGAAGCAGAUGAUAAAUGCUCAUUAAAGCACAAAAUAGCCUUAAAAUAUAUUCCUUAUCUUGUCUUACUUCAAAGGAAGCUUUUGCUGGCUUUCAACCACCGCAAACGGCAAUAAGUAAUGACUAACAUCUCGAGCAUUUUCGCUGCAAUUAACAAACCCCAGCCAAUGGGAAUACAGAAAUAUAAAAAAGCGAAUCUUAUUAAUGCAUUAAUGUUUAGAUGUUUUUAUCUGUUUGAAGGCGCUGCGUGAGGAUUGUCGCUGUGAUAUUAUGGACCCAGAUAAAUUUCUGGCACUUGGGAUAAUGCAGAGAAUUUGAAUUGUGGUGGUUCGAAGGGAGGGCCAGUUUCAUGAGGCAAUGACUACCCCCAUCUCACUUAAUGGUCCCUGGCACUGUCUGCCUUCCAGUGACGAAGGCGCUAGCAUGCACAGGGCCAGGGAUAGGGCCCUUUGGAUGGCACUGUAGCUGCAGUCAGGUGCAGGCAGUAAGCACAAGGCACGGCUGGUGAGAGUCCAUUAUGUUUGAUUGAUCCAACCCUGCAAUCCAAGUGCUGCAGCCCCAACUCCAACCAGGUCUGGCAAUUCCAUACAAAUAUGCAUAAUUUGAUCAUCAUAAACGGUAAGGCUUUUGUUUCUAAGGUAUUUCAUAAGGAUAAUAGGGUGCUCAUAUUUUUACCAUUUAAACCUAUACUACGAUGCGAAUGUAGUUACCUUACCACGUCUGGAAAGAAAGGCAGGGGCUGAAAUAGCAGCUGGCUGGAGGGAGCACAGAUUUGAUGCCUAAUCACUUUGGAGAGAAAGGUUUUUCUGCUCCUAGAACAGACAUAAUGGCUUCGCCUGCUGGAGUUUUCCUGCUGUGGCAAUGAGGCACAUUGGUGAUCAUAUCAGUUUGUCAAGGCGAAUCUAUCUGGACAAGGCCGAUGGACGGGGACAGGGGUCCUGGCCCCCCUCACAGAGUGACUCCACGCUGUACUCCGGAGGGGCAGCAAUAUUGUGCCGGGCUCACCUAGGGCCGUGUGUAAUCUUCUCAGGAGAUUACAUACUCCCCCUCAGUCCCCCUAUCACUCUUAUUUUUCUCAGGCAUCCUUUCUUCUCAAAGGACGUUUCUUUAGGGGCUUCAUAUACUGCAUACAGAACAGAUAUGUUAUGAUUCAGUAAUACAUUAUUUUAUUUAGUUAAGUCUUUGGGACAUAUGGCAAGCAGCACAACCUCUUUAAAUUUAUAUUAUUGGCUGACUGAAGUUAGAGGUGCAAAAACAGAGUGCCAAAGCAGCACUUUAACUAUUGUAAGAUUAGUUAUAGCUGUUGACAUUUUCAUGACAGAGGACCUGUCGGGUUAUUUCCUGUUGCCAUACCACUCAGUCACUCAUGAUGUCUGCAAAUGUAAUGUCAGUCUCCACCUCAGGCAAAUCUGUUAGCGAGGUGGCUGGGAGCUGUGUUUCCAAUUUACACCCUGCUCACUUCUUUCAUCAGUCCCGGAAUAGCUCAGCAACCCUAUCCCAAAGGGAGAUGGAAUUAUGUUCAAAAUAAGAAGUUGUUAACGAAAAGUAUUUUGCAUUUCUGUAGGAGGAUAUCCCUGAUACAGUGAGGGAAAACAGUAUUUGAUCCCCUGCUGAUUUUGUACGUUUGCCCACUGACAAAGAAAUUAUCAGUCUAUAAUUUUUAUGAUAGGUUUAUUUGAACAGUGAGAGACAGAAUAACAACAAAAAAAUCCAGAAAAACGCAUGUCACAAAUGUUAUAAAUUGAUUUGCAUUUUAAUGAGGGAAAUAAGUAUUUGACCCCCUCUCAAUCAGAAAGAUUUCUGGCUCCCAGGUGUCUUUUAUACAGGUAACGAGCUGAGAUUAGGAGCACACUCUUAAAGGGAGUGCUCCUAAUCUCAGUUUGUUAUCUGUAUAAAAGACACCUGUCCACAGAAGCAAUCAAUCAGAUUCCAAACUCUCCACCAUGGCCAAGACCAAAGAGCUCUCCAAGGAUGUCAGGGACAAGAUUGUAGACCUACACAAGGCUGGAAUGGGCUACAAGACCAUCGCCAAGCAGCUUGGUGAGAAGGUGACAACACUUGGUGUGAUUAUUCGCAAAUGGAAGAAACACAAAAUAACUGUCAAUCUCCCUCGGCCUGGGGCUCAAUGCAAGAUCUCACCUCGUGGAGUUGCAAUGAUCAUGAGAAUGGUGAGGAAUCAGCCCAGAACUACACGGGAGGAUCUUGUCAAUGAUCUCAAGGCAGCUGGGAGCAUAGUCAUCAAGAAAACAAUUGGUAACACACUACGCCGUGAAGGACUGAAAUCCUGUAGUGCCCGCAAGGUCCCCCUGCUCAAGAAAGCACAUAUACAGGCCCGUCUGAAGUUUGCCUAUGAACAUCUGAAUGAUUCAGAGGAGAACUGGGUGCAAGUGUUGUGGUCAGAUGAGACCAAAACUGAGCUCUUUGGCAUUAACUCAACUCGCCGUGUUUGGAGGAGGAGGAAUGCUGCCUAUGACCCAAAGAACACCAUCCCCACUGUCAAACAUGGAGGUGGAAACAUUAUAUAUCAAAGGGAUGAUGGACGGGGCCAUGUACCGUCAAAUCUUGGGUGAGAACAUCCUUCCCUCAGCCAGGACAUUGAAAAUGGGUUGUGGAUGGGUAUUCCAGCAUGACAAUGACCCAAAACACACGGCCAAGGCAACAAAGGAGUGGCUCAUGAAGAAGCACAUUAAGGUCCUGGAGUGGCCUAGCCAGUCUCCAGACCUUAAUCCCAUAGAAAAUCUGUGGAGGGAGCUGAAGGUUCGAGUUGCUAAACGUCAGCCUCAAAACCUUAAUGACUUGGAGAAGAUCUGAAAAGAGGAGUGGAACAAAAUCCCUCCUGAGAUGUGUGCAAACCUGGUGGCCAACUACAAGAAACGUCUGACCUCUGUGAUUGCCAACAAGGGUUUUGCCACCAAGUACUAAGUCAUGUUUUGCAGAGAGGUCAAAUACUUAUUUCCCUCAUUAAAAUGCAAAUCAAUUUAUAACAUUUUUGACAUGCGUUUUUCUAGAUUUUUUUGUUGUUAUUCUGUCUCUCACUGUUUAAAUAAACCUACCAUUAAAACUAUAGACUGAUCAUGUCUUUGUCAGUGGGCAAACGUACAAAAUCAGCAGGGGAUCAAAUACUAUUUUCCCUCACUGUAUAUGUUCACCACAGAGAGUACAUUUAUCUGAUGACAAUCUUCCAAUCUUCAACAUAUUAUCUUCUCUCUUUUUUGUGGAUACAGUUUUUUUUUAUUGAUGUUGUUGUUUUCUACUACCAUACUGAAUCAGCAGUACUGUCUAACAAUGCAACCAGAUGACCUAUAUGAUCUGACACAUUUAAUUCCAUUGAGAAUAUAAUAUAAUUUAUAUGGGAAAAGCACUCUCAGGCACACUCUUAGGCAUUGUAUUGAUGUUCUCAAGAUGUCUCUCUGUGAUCCUUGCAUGUAGCCAUGUUUUCAGAUCACAGCUGUCUUUACACUGAGUCGACUCCAACCCCUCUACCACAGCCCGGGACCCGAGGGCAAGACAUCUGUAGUACAGUCACUCAUUGGGAGGCCUCCUCCAUUAGUCACAUGUCAUAAACAAACAAAUAAACACACCAAUAAAAACACAAACAGGAGUUGAUGAAUAAUGCAAAGAGCACUUGACAACAGAGCAGUUUGCAUGUGUCCACUCCAUGUGUGUUAUUGCAUCUGAUGGUGGGUGUUUGAUAUUGCUGGAAGAUCUACUAGGAUACAUAAGUGCACUCGUACGUGUCUAAGUAAAGUUGUUUUUGUUCUAGUCUUGUAUAAACAAUGUAUAACUAGUACUAGACUGUAUUUUCACAAAGCCAAAGGUCUUUGCUGUCGGGGGGAACCAUAUCUUGAGUAGGUUACCCUCUUCUUACCCUCUUAAACUGGAUAAUUUCUAUCUUACCUUACCACAAUGUUUCUCUUUUUCUUCUCCAUCUCCCCCCUCUCCUUCACAGAUGUACAUCCAGACCACGACUCUGACCAUCUCUGUGAGCCUGAGUGCCUCUGUGUCUCUGGGGAUGCUCUACAUGCCCAAGGUCUAUGUGGUCCUUUUCCACCCGGAGCAGAACGUGCCCAAGCGCAAGCGAAGCCUCAAGGCUGUGGUCACCGCAGCCACCAUGUCCAACAAGUUCCCCACUAAGGGUGGCUUCCGGCCCAACGGAGAGGCCAAAUCUGAGCUGUGUGAAAGCCUGGAGACACAAGGUUAG